CUUAUGAGAAGAACAAACCUAGUUGUACUUGUAGCCAUAAUGGUGGUUGCUGUGGCGUGUUACCCAACUGUGACAACUACUAAUGAUGAGCACCAGAGCUUGGAGUUUGCAUUUAUGCCUCCUCAGGGUGAAAAUUUCCCUCACGGAACUAUCAGCUAUCAGAUGAGAGGACCUCACUUUUACCCCAACUAUGAUCUCGGAUUUGGUGGAGUUUGUGCUUUGAUGGAUGAUCUUUCUGAUUUCAAGAAUGGAACUAGUUACCCGGCUUUCUCUAUGGAGACUUACUGCGAUAAUGAACCUACUUGUUCCCACAAUGAUACCACAGGGCUCUCAAUCCUGGUAACUUUAGGUGAGAUGAAUACAACAGAUGAUAGAAUCGAUUACUUCGCUUACAAUGUGACUGAGUACACCAACUUCACUUACUCAAUGACUGGUACUGGGGCAGAGAGAGAUCCUUUGGUUAUGACUAUUAGUCUUACCUUAAAUACUACCUCUUACGAUGGCCACAACAUGCCUUAUGAUCAUCAGUACUUGAGCUGCUUCUCUCAACCAGAUCCAAGAACUUAUAUAUCCUUCCAAUGGGGACUUGAAGACUUAGCUCACAAGAAUCUAAUCCCAGCGAAUACAAGAGCUUAAAAACUUUGGAUAGUUUUGUAGCACUCACAGACACUUCUCCAGAAAGUAUCACAGUCUCAAAUAUGAACUCCAAAGUUCAUAAGCCCAGAGGAAUCAGAGGCCUUUGCUGUCCUUUCCCAAGUGCAGUGACACAGGCUUUAAUAAUUCUUCAUAAAAGCUCCCAAAAUCUAUUGUAUAUUACCUCUUUGUAUGACUUUUCCUUGCUA